AAAUUAAUAAAUUACUCAAAUCACAAAAUAACCAUAAGAUUUUCCCUGUUUUUCUUCUCAAUUAGUUUUGUCUCCUCAAAUUGCAAACAUAUUCAAGGUCAAGAACUGGCAAUUUGCUCUCGAAUUCCAUCACUGUUAGUUAUGGAACCCUCGUCCACUUCUUCCCCCUCCAAGAAGCUUCUCAUCACAGAUCUGAAGCCCAAAUCUGUCCCCAGUUCCGCCUCCUCUUCCUCCGCCACCAGCACGCGUCCGGCGCCGGAGAAGAGGACCCGCGACCAGCCCAAUAUGUCCGAUUGCCAUUGCUGCGGUCGCCGGAUUAACCAAUCAAACCCUAAGGACCGCCUCCAGCCGAUCGACAGCGUUUGGCGGAUAGUGCUCCUCUGCAGGAAAUGCCGCAGGGGUGUUUCUUCGGGCCUAACGUGCCCUUACUGCUUCCUGGCAACGGGGAAUUCAGGUGAUCUUUGUACAUGCAGAGCUUGUCAACGCAAAAUUCAUAAUAAUUGUGUUAGGGAUUAUGGUAAAUGCACGCCUUGGUGUUAUUUGGGGGCGGGGUUUGAGGGGUUUAGGGUUUGUGUGGAUUGUUGGGUGCCUGAAUUGCUCAAAAAUUCGAUUCAGGUUUUGGGGAGUGAGAACAUGGGUGGGUUGAAAGAAAAGGGUGAGGGUAAAGAUGUGUUGGAGAAUUCGGAGGAGAAUGGAAAGUGUGAGGUGGAGAAGAUUAAAAAGGAUCAAGUGACAAGUAUGGGAAAUGGGACGAUUGAUGAGGAUGGUUUGGUUGAUGGUACAUCUAAUUUGCAUGGUAAGAACCAUAGGGAUAGUUUGAAGGCCGGGAGUUCGGAUUCUAGUGGUGAAAGUGAAGCUGAUGAUGCUGAAUUAGCAAUUCAACUACAUAGAGUUAUGAAUAGUUCACCGAGAAUUUUGAGGGGUAUACCAUUGGGAAGCUCCAAUGAUGUGGAUGCUUCGAACACUAGGAAUUGGAAAGGUUUAUCUUAUAAGAGGUCUGAUUUAGGAAAACGCUGCAGUGGAGAUCAGAAGCUUAAUAGCUGUGCUGAUAGUGCUGUGAAUGAUUCAAAUGCUGGUCUAACUGGAUUAACCCAAGGAUUAAUACCUUAUAGGCGGGACAAGAAGCGGAGAAUCUGGUCAACAGAAAAUGAGAAUACUGAAAUCUCUGCAUCAAUAUCCAGCCAGCAGCCAGCAUUGAAGAACUUGCAUUCAGAUGAGGCCGGGGUUGCCUGUUUGGAUGAUGCUGGGAUUGAGUCUUCAGAUGAAGCUGGGGUUGGGUGUUCGCUUACGAGUGGUGCUGAUACAUCAGAGGAUCCAAGUUGUGAUAAUAUUGGAUGGACUAGUUCUUGUGCAGAUGAUGGUAGAAUUGGGAAAGAUCUUGUAACUUACAUGCGCACUAGGUUCGGGAAGAAGGUAUUCCAGAUGAAUGGCCGGAUUGAUGUUAAUGGUGAUAGCAGCCCUUGUGGUAACUGUGGAUCGCCCUUCGAGGCUGCAUGUUGCCAAUAUGAUUCUGCAAACCUUAAUACUAUCAAGAGUAAAACUGAGGAGAUUUUGCCGAGUGGCACUUCUGAUACAGCGCCUGAUCGCUUUAAUCUGAAAUAUGUGAAAAGGAUUCCAGGCACCAAAGUUAACUCGAGUUUCCUGCGUUAUGGCAUAGACCGCUAUCUGUUUAAAUAUGCUAAGAGGGUGAAGAGCUCCAACUACAGCUCAAAAUCUGAAGCUAAACCACACUCAAAUGCUUUUCUGGAUAAAAUUGGCAUCUCUGCUACAAGAUUAACUACCAACUGCUCUGCGGAAUCUAGUACUCUGUCUGAUCUCCUUUACCAUUGAUCUUCCUCAAUGAGCAGGAAGAUUGAAUUACUCCAAUAUUGGUGGCAUUCUUUCAGUAGAUUGGUGGAAAUGGUAAAGAUGGCUUAGAGUAAGAAGGGUACUCUUUCCUGUUGUUCCAUUAUUGUUUGAUGCCCAUGCACAUUGCUGCUUUGACAAAUCUCUGUAGUAUUUGAUGAUUAAGCUGACAAUAUCAGCCUCUUGCUUCUUCAUGAUAGCAUGCAUCAUCUGAAAUCUGUAUUAGUAGAAAUAGUUAAUGCUGUGGCCUGUGGCUAUCUGAUGAUGAGUAGAUUUGAUGUAUAUAGCCUUUUAUCUUAGAUCAAAACCUCCCUUUUCUAAUAUGACAACAGCCUUGGAAGAACAGAAAAAAAUGAGAAAGUUGCUUUCGCCUAUA